AUGAAAGCAGUGUCGUAUAAUCAUUUCAAAAAAUCAUACCUUUCCUCCACUUCAUCAUCGUCAUCACCGACUUGCUCUCCUAAAACUUCAUCGCCAAAACCUACUUAUUUGACACCUCCUAAAAGUGGCAAGUCGAAAUGUUCCUCAUCUUCCUUAUCGACAAGUUCGAUCGCGUCAUGUUCUUCUACCUCUUCGUCGUCGUCCAAUUCAUCGAUGCUCAUGAUGACACCUCCUAUUUCAUUAACUAUAUCGAUUAGUCCAAGUCCUCAACAAGAAUGCUGUGAUUUGAAAAAGAAAGAAAAGAAAAUUGAACAGCUGACAGCUCUCCGAGAGAUGAGAAGUAAAUCGACCAAUGAAUUGACCUCUCAACUCGAUCUAGUCAAGAACAUGGUUCGAAUUAAGGAAAAGAAAGGAGGAAAAGUGAGCCUCAGUUUUAAUUUUGACGAUGACAAUAAUGCAAGUCCCAAAAUGUACAAAAAACAAGACAAGACGUUUAAUUUAACAAAAAAGUAUUCUUAUCCUGAAGAAGAGGAAGAAGAAGUCAUUGAGGCUAAUAACGUCGAUCAUGACAAGUGUGAAGACAUUUCAGAAGUGUUGGAAUCGAUAUGCAUUGGAGAAGAAAUCUUUGAUGCCCAUCGUUCAGGUGUCAAAAGUCAUAAAAAAGAUGAAAGUGAAAGCGAGAGUGAAGGGGAUGAAGAAGAAGACGAAGAUGAUAUUGAAGAUAAUUAUUCAGACACUUCUCCUUCACGAAAGCAUGCCUUGACUCCUACACGAACCACGAAAAGAAAAUAUGCAUAUUUCUGUUAA